AUGGCCUCCUCUUCAUCACAAGCAACCACUGUCGUCAACCUAAGUAGCAAUGGCAACCCUGUAGGAAAUAACGCUUACCUUCGGCCCACCUUACACCUGACUCUAUACAAAGCUGCGCUUACAGGUGAUUGGGAGAGCGCCACCCGAGUCUUCGAGCAAAACCCUAAGGCAGCUACGGCUAUGAUCAUGGGGUCCAUGUACGCACUCCAUGUUGCGGUAGGGGCUAGGAAAGCUAAUGAGUUUGUGGAGAAGCUGGUAGAGAGGAUGUCGCUUGAGGAGGUGGCAAUGGUCAAUGGAAGCGGGGCGACGAUUCUUUCGAUAGCAGCUGCUAUCGGAAACACAGAUGCCGUCAAGUUGCUGGUUUAUUUGGUAGCAAAUAAAGUUGAGCAGAACCCAGAGUUGGCUAAGAAGAAGGACUUUGGGCUCGAGUCUCCUUUGUGUUCCAUUGCAGUAAUGCAUUCAGCUUUCUUUAGUAGCAGUGAAUUGACUCUACGGGACCGCCUUAUUGACUCCUGUGUCCCUUCAACUUUGAGCUUGGAGAAUGUCGCCAACAAUUCCAACAGAGGAGACAUUGAGAAUCCAGCUAACAAGUCCCAAGCAUCAAUAUGUAGCUGGUUUCUACAUUUCACAAGAAUCAAUUUUAGUUCUGUACCACGAGUUAAGCAGAUCCAUGAAAUGAAAUUAAUGCAUGGUGAAGCCCUCAAACUUGUGGAACUAUUAUGCAUGUAUGCUGCGGAUUUGGAUCCCUCAGGAGCUGUCAAUAUAUUCAAGCACCCUGUUUUUGUGGCAGGAACACAUGGGAUUCCCGAGAUUGUUGAAAAGAUCAGAGAGUCAUUUCCGGUUGCAGUUCAAAUCAGUCAUGAGCAAAAACUAAUUGUAGCCGAUAAUAUGGAUAAUUUUAGUAAUAACAUGUUGCAUCUGGUCGGAAAUUUGGCACCGCCGGACCAGCUUAAUCGUGUUUAUGGUGCAGCUCUGCAAAUGCAACGUGAGCUACGAUGGGAAGUGGAAAAGGUGGUACCAAAUAUCUAUCAAGAUGCUAGGAACAUUGAGAGAAAGACUCCCAGAAUGGUGUUCACUGAAGAGUACAAGGAAUUAGUUAAAGAAGGAGAGAGAUGGAUGAAGGAUGCAGCGAAUUCAUGCUCGGUGGUGGCUGCCCUUAUUGCCACAGUUGUGUUUACAGCAGCCAUCACAGUACUAGGUGGCACCAAUGGUGACAGCGAAUUCCUAGUAUUUAAAAGUGAAAAGGCAUUUGUUAUCUUUGCGAUGUCAGAUGCACUGUCUCUCUUCUCAUCCACCGCCGCCAUUCUCAUGUUCUUGUCCAUGCUCACUGCUCGUUAUGUUGAAGACGACUUUCUCCAAGCCCUCCCCAAGAGGCUGAUUAUGGGGCUCCUCACCCUUUUCAUCUCCAUUACCACCAUGAUGAUUGCCUUUAGUUCCACGCUCUAUCUUGUGUUUGGAGGGGCUAAGACAUGGAUUCUAGUAUGUGUGGCUGAAUCAACCCGUGUAUUGGUAACCUUGUUUAUUUAUCUGCAAUUUCCGCUACUUGUGGAUAUGUUCUACUCUACUUAUGGCCAUGGAAUUUUCGGCAAGAGCAGUGAAAAACCCUUGUAUUAA